GUAGCUGCGGUGGGGGGCGGAGUCCCAAGUUGCUGAGGAGCCGAGGACCCGGAAUUCCCAGGUGUACCAUUUCAUACAAUAACGGCAGGCAGUGGCGUGCUGUAAGAGGUUAUAAAAAAAAGCUGAAGUUCAUCAGACGUUUCAUAGCUAGUAGGACAAGAUGAUGAUACUGGGGUAUUGGGACAUCAGAGGGCUGGCACAUGCAAUCCGUUUGUUACUGGAAUACACAGGCACCCCAUAUAAAGAGAAGCGUUAUGUCACAGGAGAAGCUCCAGAUUAUGACAAGUCUCAGUGGCUGGAGGAGAAGGAGAAGUUGGGCUUGGACUUCCCCAAUUUGCCAUACCUGUUGGAUGGGGAUGUUAAACUGACUCAGAGUAACACGAUACUUCGUUACAUUGCACGCAAGCACGGAUUGUGAGAGGAGUCUGAAACGACAAAGAACAAUGUUUCACUCUUAGAAAACCAAGCUAUGGAUUUUCGAUUUGGUCUUGGCAUGAUUGCCUACAACCCCAAAUUUGAAGAACUGAAAGGACCAUACCUGGAAAAGUUACCUGCGGCUUUGGCAAGAUUUUCUAACUUUCUGGGGGACAGAUCUUGGUUUGCAGGGGAGAAGAUCACAUAUGUGGAUUUUGUGAUGUAUGAUGUUCUGGAUCAGCACAAAAUGCUGGAACCGUCCUGUCUGCAAGCAUUCCAGAAUCUACAGAAUUUCCUAGCACGGUUUGAGGCUUUGCCUCCUAUUGCUGCAUAUAUUGCAUCUCCUCGGUUUAUGAAGACCCCCAUUAACAACCGCAUGGCAGCAUGGGCCAAUCAUAAAUAGGUUGACCCUUACAGAAAAAGCACCUAAUGACCAAGAAUUUAAUUCUUUGUGCUCUGAUGUUUCAUUCCCUUCUCGUCAACCCACAUAACAUCCUGCUUAAUAAAUGAUGUUCUACUGAUUUAACUAAA